AUGACGGCUGACCACGAGGGGGACGUGAGCUCGAAGGCGUACCCCCUGGCUUCGCUGGAGGUUACGAACCAAAUUCUGGAUAUGGUGCAGCAGGCCUGCAGCUACAAGCAGCUGAGAAAGGGUGCUAAUGAAGCCACAAAGACUCUGAACAGAGGAACUGCUGAGAUUGUCAUUCUGGCGGCAGACGCGGAGCCUCUGGAAAUUCUCCUGCACCUGCCUCUGCUCUGCGAAGAUAAGAACGUCCCGUACGUGUUUGUCAGAAGCAAGGUCGCCCUCGGACGCGCAUGCGGCGUCUCUCGACCGGUGAUUUCGUGUUCCAUCACCAACAAGGAAGGUUCCGCUCUGAACCCUCAGAUUGCGGAGCUGAAGAACAUCAUUGAAAUGAUGCUGAUUUAG